AUGAGCCGCCCAAAGCACAUUCGCCGUGAGGUUUCUGAACUCCGACGAGUAGCCCAGCUUGACCUGUUAAUUGAGGAAGGAGGGCGAACGAGUCCUGACACGCUCCUUGCAACCUUGAGCGGAGAAGUUUCGUUUCUCCACCACGAUGGGCGUGUUCACGUGGCCAAAGAGUUUAUAUGCGACGGGGCAGUCGCGGGACGCCGACACAGGCGGCGCACUUCAGCUGUCUGUGCUUGGAGACUCAGGAAGCAUCUUUCCUGGCGGGAAAAGGCUGCCACUAUGGGCCGCGGUGGAGCCGGGCGACGGAAAGGCGUGGCUCCUCCAGCAGCAAAAAAGGAUGCUCCUUCAGCCCCCAAGAGGCCAGGAGAUGGGCAGGGCAACGGGGAAACCACGACGGCGCGUCUCGCUAAAAAUGCGGCGUCGCUCUCCGAUGAAGGAAAAGAAAAAGGCUCCGACCAGGCUGGGAAAGGCGUUGCCCCAAGUGAGAGGAAAGCUUCCCAGAAGAAGAAAGGCGACCCCAGAACGGGGGAAGCGGAGCAGGCAGCGGGGGAAAUGCUUUCCCAGAUGAAGCAGGUCGAGUCUGCCCUGGUAGAAAAAGAGCCUGCCUGGGGAAGGGCAGCAGUUGCCACCGCCAGGAAGAAAGGCGCUGCCCAGAAGACGAAACCUCUUCCCAAACAGGGAGAAGAAUCCGACCAGCCGGACCAAGAAACCGCCUGUGCGGGGAGAAAAGCUUCCCGGAAGAGUAAAGAGGUCGCGACCCCCACGGAGGGGGAAUGCCGCCAGGCAGGGGGGAAGGGAACGGACGCCCCAGAGAAGCCCGAUUUCCAGGUGAAGGCAGAGGCUGCCCCCAUAGCGAAGCAGUCGCACCAGGAGAGGCCAGAAGCUGGGGUCCGAAGGAGACCUGCUUCCCAGAAGAAAGGCGCCCACAGAACGGGGAAAGCGGAGCAGUCAGCGGGGGAAAUGCUUUCCCAGAUGAAGCAGGUCGAGUCUGCCCUGGUAGAAAAAGAGCCUGCCCGGGGAAGGGCAGCAGUUGCCACCGCCAGGAAGAAAGGCGCUGCCCAGAAGACGAAACCUCUUCCCAAACAGGAAGAAGAAUCCGACCAGUCGGACCAAGAAACCGCCUGUGCGGGGAGAAAAGCUUCCCGGAAGAGUAAAGAGGUCGCGACCCCCACGGAGGGGGAAUGCCGCCAGGCAGGGGGGAAGGGAACGGACGCCCCAGAGAAGCCCGAUUUCCAGGUGAAGGCAGAGGCUGCCCCCAUAGCGAAGCAGUCGCACCAGGAGAGGCCAGAAGCUGGGGUCCGAAGGAGACCUGCUUCCCAGAAGAAAGGCGCCCACAGAACGGGGAAAGCGGAGCAGUCAGCGGGGGAAAUGCUUUCCCAGAUGAAGCAGGUCGAGUCUGCCCUGGUAGAAAAAGAGCCUGCCCGGGGAAGGGCAGCAGUUGCCACCGCCAGGAAGAAAGGCGCUGCCCAGAAGACGAAACCUCUUCCCAAACAGGAAGAAGAAUCCGACCAGUCGGACCAAGAAACCGCCUGUGCGGGGAGAAAAGCUUCCCGGAAGAGUAAAGAGGUCGCGACCCCCACGGAGGGGGAAUGCCGCCAGGCAGGGGGGAAGGGAACGGACGCCCCAGAGAAGCCCGAUUUCCAGGUGAAGGCAGAGGCUGCCCCCAUAGCGAAGCAGUCGCACCAGGAGAGGCCAGAAGCUGCUGUCCGAAGGAGACCUGCUUCCCAGAAGAACAAACCUGUCGCCAAGGCGUCUGUCCCGGCCGGCAUCCAGAGCCUGAAUCAGGUGCUGGAAAAACUCAAGAUAGCUACCCAGCAGCGGUCCGUGGCUGCGCGGCGGGUUAAUCAGGUCAGGGACCUCCUGGUAACUGCAAUAAAAAUGGAAGACUGCUUCUCCUUUGUCGACGUACUGGGCACUGGCAGUUACUACGAGCGGGUCAAGAUAUCUAUCCCAGACGAGUUUGAUAUUAUGCUUAAAAUACCAAAUCUAAGAAUUGAGCUGGAAUCCUGCAGUGUUGGUGCUUCUACUGGCGCUUUCUAUUAUGUAAAAUUGAAAAGGAAUCCUGGAAAAGGGUGUUUACAUAAAUUUUUAGAUGAAAAAGAACGACUUUCAUCUUCUAAUAUGCUUUCAGCACUGAGGACCAUUAUUGUAGAAGCAGUAAAGGAAAUUGAAGAUGUGAAAGUGUCUGUAGAGAGAAAGAGGCCUGGAAGCCCUGCAGUAACCCUUCUCAUUGGAAAGACUCCCUGCGUUAUAUCAGUAGAUAUCAUUCUUGCUUUGGAAUUUCGGUGUCAGAACUGGUGUGAGAGUACAAAGAAUGGUCUACUCAUUAAUGAAUGGCAAGGAAGAAAAGUAAAGAAAGCCUUUCUCAAUGAACCGCUCUUGCUCGUGCCCAAGAAUGCCAAGGAUGGAAAGGGCUUAAUAGAAAACACUUGGAGACUCUCUUUCUCACAUAUUGAGAAGGCUUUAAUGACUGAUCAUGGCCACGCGAAGACAUGCUGUGAAAAAAAUGGAACAAAAUGCUGUAGGAAAGAUUGUCUGAAACUUCUGAAGUAUUUGCUGAAGCAACUGAAAACAAAACAUGAAAACAGAAAUCAAUUUGACAGAUUUCAUUCUUACCAUGCCAAAACUGCCUUUUUCCACACAUGUGCCAACUGGCCCCAUGAUGAAGAAUGGCUUCAGAAAAACCGUGACGAAUGCUUCAAGAGACUUCUGGGUUAUUUUCUGGAUUGUCUCAAAAAAGCUGAGCUUCAACACUUUUUUAUACCUGAGUUCAACUUACUCUGCACAGACAAAGUUCAAAAGACAAAGUGUAGUACACUUGCCAAAGCAAUUGAAAGUGAGAAAAACAAUAGAUUUCCAGCAUUUUUGCUGUAAGCUUUAAAAUAAAGAGCUGUUUGAA